AUGGGCAACUCGCAAUCUAUUCCCAACAAUGAUGAAUCCCGCCGCGCCAACCGGCUGUCCAAGCCUCUUACUCAGAAAGUCGGCUUCGAUCCAAGCUCGACGCCUCACCUGCAUCCUCCGGGUAACCCUCCCGAGCUCGCGACGGGGUUGAUCGGAUGGCAGAAUCCGUGGGUGGCUUCCCGUAUCUCUGAUGCUUCGUCAGGGACCAGGGCUAGCUAUCAUCCUAAGCCCCGGGAAAUUCCCCCCACGGUCUUCGAAGCAGAGGAUAUCCCUGAGAUUCCAGAACUGCCUGAACUGUCGAAGAAGAACGACAAGGAGGCUCGGGACCUUGCUGUGUUUGCGCAGAACUUCGAUCAGCACCCAUUUGGGGCCCGCCCUACCUAUCGAUCAAGCCCAUCUUUCAACUGGAGAGAUAACUAUCAGUCAGAGACUAUCAACGCCCCUUCGAAGUCUGAGCCGGAACAGGCGAGGCUAUCCAAUUCGACCCAGACUCCUCUCCAGCGGCACCGAAGUGUGAUCUACGAGAGCAAUAUUGAGAAUGUGUCCUUAUCCAACACACACUUCUUGGUUGACAAUCAGCGAUUCUCGCUGACUCGACGACGCUCUCUGUUGACGCGACCUGGAGUUGCUACAAGACGCACGACGAGCGCCAUUCGGCGAAUGCCACCAACCAUCGGAGAGCCGGAGAGCCCUGAGGAGAUAGAGGCCAACGUGAUGCAGUGGCCAUUGCCGCCUCGUCAACGGCCGCCGCCAGCCAUCCUACCCCCGGCCCGGCCCACAAGCCCAACGGACUCUCGGUACACUCAGCUUGGUGCGCUUAAACUGGGAUCGCUGCGGGUUGUUAACGGCUCGUCACCAUGCCCGAGCGAACGCAUUCCUCUGACUCACCCGUACACAACGGGCCCUGGACUUGGCCUGGAUCAUGUGGAGACUACAGAUGUGAGAGGAUCGGUGCUGAGGAUCCCGCCUCUGGCGGAUGUUAAGAAAGCGGACGACACCCCGGGCAGUCCCUUUUCAUUCGAGAAGUCACCCACAAUCACGGUUCAAUCACGAUCGAAGACCGCGUUCCCGGGAGAGCAUGAGGAUGAGGGCAUUGCCAUGUGUGAUGAGGUGAAGACCUCUGACAGUGCGAACAUCCCGCUAGAGAAGACGACUACGGAGUCGAGCAUCGGUCAAAAGACCACUCAGUCGCUGAACAAAUCGGACAGUGGAUACAGCUCCGCGGCUUCGGUUGGCUCUCAGCAGCAUAGUCGAACCCGGGAGUCCAUUGAUUCCCAGACGUCCAUCUCCUGCGGUGCAGACAGCUCCAAGGACGUGUGGGUGUCGAGUGCUCAGAGCCCUGACCGACCAGCCCGGGUGCAACGCCGCCUGAGUCUCCAGGAGGCCAAGGCGAGGAACUACUCCCGACCACAGCUUGCUUCAUCACGUGAUGAUCUCAAUUGUUCUAUGAUUGAACCUACAAAUGGUCUACGCGGACGACGAUCUACUGUUUGCGAUCCCCGCUCUACGGAGUACCGCCGACGGUACAGCAACGCCUCUGCCUUUCCCAAUGCUCCCACGGGACUGACCCGAGGGCCAUUUAAUGGAGACUGGUCUCCCCUCAAUUAUCUUGAGGCUGGCUAUGGGCCUGGUUCAUCGCCCCCGGUCCUAGAGAGACACCGCCACCAUCAGUUGCCCGUGAACCGGUCACACCGCGCUGUCUCCGACCAAAAACAUGUCCAUGGAGAAAUCGAUGCUUGGAACUCCCGAUCCCGGAGCCGGAGCAGUCGAAGAUGGUCUCAAAAGCCGGGGAUUGACGUUCCCCCGCUCCCGACUAUCCUCUCCCCCGGCAACCUGCAGGUCACUGAAGAGAUGGAGAUGGAGAUGGAGGUACCCGAGGUGUAUCGAGGCCGGCCUCGAAGCCGGAGCCAUGACUAUCGCCGGCGGAAGUUGAUGAAGGCCCGUUCGUCGGAUCUCACUGCGACGACUUCACGUUCUGUGCUGCACUGA